AUGGACGGAACAAGUAGUCCCGGCGGCGCAUCGCCGCCAAACGUUGACGAGGACGUUGAUCUCUACGAACUCUUGGAGAUCGACAGGUCCGCCAGUGCGUCAGAUAUAAAAAAGGCAUACCAUAAGGCAGCACGCCAACACCACCCAGACAAGGUCCCCGAGGAGCGUAAGGAAGAGGCCGAGGCGACGUUCAAGGCCAUUCAGCAGGCGUACGAGAUCCUCCGCGACGAUGAAAAGCGCCACCUGUACGACACGCACGGCAUGGCCGCCUUUGACCCGUCCCGCGGCCCGGCCGGCCACGGCGGCAUGGGCAUGGACGACUUACAGGAGCUCUUUGCGUCCAUGGGCAUGGGCAUGGGCGGUAUGGGCGGCAUGGGCGGCGGCAGGGCCCCCAAGAGGCCGCAGCGGGGCGCGGACCAGGAGAUACCGCACGAGGUGACGCUCGAGGACCUGUACAGGGGCAAGACGGUCAAGUUCGCCAGCAGCAAGCGCGAGCUGUGCUCCGUAUGCAAGGGGUCGGGAGCCAGGGACAAGUACAAGCCGCAGGACUGCGACAAGUGCCAGGCCAGCGGGUUCCGCAAGGUCCUGAAGCAGGUGGCGCCGGGCCUCGUGUCGCAGGACAUCGUCGAGUGCGAUCACUGCCAGGGCACCGGCAAGUACGUCAAGGAGAAGGAACGCUGCAAGAAGUGCAAGGGCAGGGCCACGCUGCCCGUCACCAAGGCCCUCGAGAUCUACAUCCCCAGGGGCGCCUUCCACGGAGAAAAGGUCGUGCUUGAGGGCGAGGCCGAUCAGCUGCCGGGCCAGACGCCCGGCGACAUCAUCAUCGUGCUGGUCGAAAAGUCCCACGACACCUUCACCCGCAUAGGGCACGACCUGUCGGCCGAGCUCAACGUCACCCUGGCCGAGGCCCUCAUGGGCUUCUCGCGCGUCGUGCUCAAGCACCUCGACGGCCGCGGCCUGCACCUCGAGCUGCCUCGGGGCAAGGUCCUGCGCCCGAGCGAGAUCCUCAAGGUGCCGGGCGAGGGCAUGCCGCACAAGCGUGGCGAUGCCAGGGGCGACCUGUACCUCAUCGUCAAGAUUGAGUUUCCAGAAGACGGCUGGCUCAAGGAUGCCAGCGACUACGAGGCUCUGCAGAAGCUUCUCCCGCCUCCACCGGCCCCCAUCACUGCGGACGAGGUGGAUGAGGUCGAGUAUGAGAGGAACGCAGACAUCGAACAGAUGGGUGCUUCGGCUGGAGAAACGGGUGGGUCAGAGUGGGAGGAUGAGGAAGAGGCUGGACCCCAGUGUGCUACUCAGUAG